ACUAUCCAAUUUAAAUAAAACAGUUCAAAUCAAACCUUCUAUAGAGAACAAACUUAGAAGAAAUGUGGUUCUAUUUUAUUUUCAUCUACUUGGGCAUAAGUUUGGCACACGGUGAAAGCCAUGAAUUUUGUGGGGGACUACCAACGGAACAAUCUUGUACAGGCGGCAAGGACAUCGGUCAUGGCAAGGGAUGGAAUUGCAGACCCCAGGCUAGGGAACUAAUGUGGUGGUACGACACUGAAAGGCGUGACUGCAGAGCUCAGAUAUAUCGAGGCUGUGGCGGAAAUAAUAAUCGAUACUGUACCCUUCAUCAUUGUCGCAAGAAAUGCAAAUCCUAAUCACAAUGUAGGCCUAUGUUUCGAACUUUAGUUGAAUUGAGUUAAAAUAUGUUAAAAUUAAAUCUUAAAACUUAGAUAAAUAUACAAAUCAAGUAUAGUA